UUGACCGCCACGGGCGGCGGUGGCGGUAGAGCAGCUGACCCGGCCGUUACAGCGGCGGCGUUCACAGUCACUAUAACGAUAUUUUACGAUUCACGGAGACUCAGUAAUGCCAGUGCGUUAGACCGAGCUGGCGCCGCUCGCAUUUUAGCGCAAGUAGCUCACAGCGUUUUCGCGGACCGGGUUUUUCGUUUUCGAAUAAUAAUAAUUUGAUUUUCGUUUUUCCUUCCGCCGGAGGGACGAUUAAUAAAAAUACAACGCGCGUGGCGUCAUCGCGGCGGUGGUUUUAUUCACUUCUCUCCUUCCCGAAGCACAUCAUCUCGUUGUAUUUUUUCGACGCGUUUCGUUUGCUCCUUCCGAAGGAAUAGUCCACGUGCGAAUAUUAGACACAGCUGUGUGUCCCGGGCCGUAUUGUUUUUUAUUUUGUAUAGUAUUUUAUUCCCUUACACGAAAAAAAUGCUCUUGUUCGGCGGUGGCCGUUACGACUGUCGCCGUCGUUGACGCAGCCGAUCGCGGCUGUACGUCCGCGAUGAGCUAUUGUCGACCCAAAGCGACACACGACCGGAUCAUCGGAGCAAAGACGACAGAUCUUCACGCUGGUGACUGAAGGAUCUUAGCAGCCGAAUGGCCCUAAUGCUAGUCGGCUUGUUGAAAGUCUUCUCGGCACUCGUUUUGAUCGUGUCCACAUCGAGCAAUUCGUUGCUACUGCUAGUGUUCUACCGCCGACCUGGUCUGCGCACCCUAUCAAACAGAUUCGUGAUGAAUUUGUUGGUGACGAAUUUGGCUAGCAGUUGGAUACUGGUGCCGUUAACGUUAUGGGAAAGCGGCCCAUUCAGUGGCUGGGCACCGCCGCUUCCGGCGGCUGUGUGGCACGGGCUAACCGGGGCUGUAUACACGCAGUCCGUGCUGUCCGUGAUGACAGUGGCCGUGGAUCAGUACUACGCGGUCACCGACCCGCUGCGGUACCACGUGACGGUAAACGCGGCCAGCUGCGCGGUGGCCGUGGCGCUUACGUGGUGCCUGUCUGCCGUGGCCGGCGCCCUGUCGGCCUUCCGCGAACUGUCCGUUGCGCCGGAAAUGUACCGGUACGCGUUUCCCGUUGCAUACUCCGUGCUCCUGUACGUCGUUCCGUUCGUUACCGUGUGCGUAGUGUACGUGAAGAUAUGCACCGCAGCGCACCGGAACAGUGAACGGGCCCGACGCAACGGGUCCGUGCCCGACCACUUGCAGCAGCAACAACAGCCGCUUCAGCAGCAACAACAACAGCAGCAGCAGCAGCAACAACCGUUUCAACAACAGCAACAACAGCUGCAGUACAAUAAUAACAACAACAUCAACAACAUUAACAACAACAUCAACAACAACGAGUAUAACAUAGUUCCUACCAUUCAAGAAGAGGAUGACGAGACGUUAGAGUCCGCUUCCCUGCAGGCGGCUGUCUCCUACGAACCGGAGGCAUCGUCCAAACCGCCUCAGUCCACCCGGGCUAGUCUGAAGAGCACGUCCAGUUCCAUUGUAAACCAUUUGAGAUACAGGAUAUCGAACGCAAGCAUGUUCCGUUACCGGGAGGAGACGCGGGCGGCCAAGAUUUCCGCCCUAGUCAUCGUCACGGCAGCCGCAUGCUGGACGCCGUACGCGGUGCUCAAGCUGUCAGAGUGGCCGCCGCUGUCUGGCGGCGGAAUCCCGUCGCCGGGCCCGCUGGCUGCACUCCUGGCGCUGUCCGCGCAUGCCGUCAUCACACCCAUACUGUUCGCGCAUCGAAACCGUCGUGUGCACCGCGAACUCUGCCGCAUAUUCUGCCGGCGGAAGCGGUGCAGCAGCUUCUACGACAACGUCCGGAACGCGACCGUCGCGUCGUCCGUGGCCGCGGGGCCCGUCAAGUCGGGGGCCACCGUCGGCGGUGUCAAUCCCGGCGGCCCGAAACACGUUUUCGGCCGGUGGUUCGGCAGCGGGUCGGGCGGCAUCGGGUUCGGCAAGUCGGCCACGCAGCCGUCUGCCGUUCCAUCAUCCGUCGUUGUGCCCACCGCCGCGCACUUGCCCACCGACACCGAGAUGACGCGCAGCUCGUUCUCCAGCAAUGGUAGCACUACCACGCAGACGUCGUCGGUGAUUACGGUGGACUGACCGCGACGGUUCGCCGCCAUCACGCCGAGGCGGCGAUGAUCCGUCUGCACCCGAAACUUCUUUUCUAGUCACCCCAAUCCCCUCAAAUAUCGCCCCCCACCCCCAUGGUGCUCGUCCACGCUACUAUAUUAUAUUAUUAUGUAUAUAUUAUUUUUGUACACGGGCCACUCAUCCACCAUCUUCGUCCCACGAGUAUGAACAUGUUUACGUCCCACCCCAAACCUACCACCCCAUCAACCAGAAUCGCGGCCCACCACAACCGCGAUGGUCGGACGAAUGUAUAUUGUGUGUACGUGCAGCUAGUUGUCACGCGCCGCGUAUAUUACAAUAAUAUACGCACGUGAUUUUAUUAUAAACGGUUCUCAAAACUUGUUUUCCUAUUAUUGUGUACUUAAAACGAAAUCGGUUUUAAUUUAGGUAUUUUAUUAUAUUAUACAUAUAUUUAUGUGUACUUCGUUUCUAAAAAAAAUGAAAAAUACCGUACGCGUAUAAUAUUAUAAUAUUAUAUAUAUUAUUAUUUUUUUAUGUUAUUAAUUUGUAAUUAUAUUAUAUAUAUAUAUAUUACUGAACGUAUGUAGUAUUUGGCUAAUCAUUUGUGGAUUGCUUUUAUAUUUAUUAUUUAUCAAUGUAUCAUUUCCCCUACCAGGUAAUAGAAAUUCUAUCGGUUUUCAUGCGGAACUCAUAUAUUUUUAUUGUUAACUUAAAAUACGACGUACUCAAAUAAUAUUUUAACUUGUACUUGUAUUCUUUUUUUUUAAUGUUUAAUGUUUCUUUCUACCAAAAAUCUUUCCGACCCAUUUGAUUAUUUAAAAAAAAAAUUUAACUGUAUAUUUUAUAUUAUAAAGUCUGCAAUAAUGAUUUGCUUUUGAAACUUAUGUUUAGUCCAUAAUGCAUCGCUAAUAUAUUUAUUUCCUAUUUUUUGAUUA